UUUUUACAGUCAGAUAGACAACAACGCUCUUGAAAAGAUGUACCGUGCAGUGUUUAUUUUGUUCAUAGUUUUUUCGAAUGCGGAGUCUGUGAGAGAUUGCUCUUAUGUGUCGUGUAUAGCAGACUUUUUCCAAACAUUUUUUUCAAGUGACACAGUUUCUAAUACUCAAAAUAUAAAGGAAAUAAAAGUGGGUGAACUUAAAACUAUAUUUAGUGAUAUAACAGACUUGAUUAAGAAUCAGAAGAAUAAAACUGAUGAAGUGCUGAAAGAUUACGGUAAAACGCAGGUUUUUGUUAAAUACGUGACUUUUGAUGACGACCAUCAUGAUUUUAAAGGAGCUAUAACUGAUAUCGAAGAAGAUAAUAAAUCAGAUGAUGAUUCUGAUUUAAUUGGAGAAAGCAAGGAAAUAGAAUUGAAUAAUGACUUAAAUACCAAUUCAACAGAACAGACAACUAUAAAGAACGAAGAAGCAACACACAAGACAGAAAGUAAAGUUUCAACAGUAAUAGACUUAAAUUUUGUCAAUUUUGAGAAAUCUUUAGGAGAUUUGAGAACUAAUGAGAUUUACGAAGACUUAGACGUUAUAUAUUACGAUGAUAAUUCAACAGAUUAUCCUAUUAUAGACUAUAUAGAGAUAUAUAAAGAUACAACUAAUGAAGAGAAUCUGUAUGUACCCACAGAACCUGCUAUAUCUAAUGAAAUAGAUAAACCUAAUGAAUUUGUUGAAGUAAAGGACUUUACUAACGAAACUAUUGCAGCCAUCACGAAAAGCAAUAUGGAAGAAGAGAACCUGGCUAUCGUCGUCUCCUGGAUAGCAACAAUUUUCUUAAAGAACGACCAGAAUACCGGACAAUUUGACUACUACUGCGACGGAGCUUUACUGUCAAAUAAAGCCGUUCUUACUGGUGCUAGAUGCGUCAAUGUCAACAAUUCAACAGUCAAUCCUGAAGAUCUUCUUGUCGUGGUUGGGAAGAAGGCUUUGAGUGGAACAGGACCCAAAGAAAAGACCUACAGGAUAAUAAAAGUAAUUCCUCACGAAAACUUUACGAUUGAGAAUCCAGUGGCGAAUGAUCUUGCAAUAUUGAUGCUAGAGGAGCCGGUUGUGUUCAACGUUGACGUUCGACCAGCAAACAUCAGCUUGGAGAUGGAUUUUGAUGCUAAUGUGGAGAAAAGUGCU